AAAGUGAAAUAUGCGGGAAGAUUCUGGACCGAUCACCUCACAUGCUGGAGAAGAAGUCACAUGUAGCUGCAAUCUAAUAUCGCGAGAUCCUGAACAUUGUGGCGUUACCUACGUAUGACGUCAGUCUGUGCGAGCAAGGGGAGAGAAAAAAAUGUCGCUUACGAGCUUUCUACCUGCGCCGACCCAGCUGUCUCAGGACCAGUUGGAGUCAGAGGAGAGAGCCCGGGCACAGAGGUCCCACUCCACCGCCCUGGUCUCCUCCCGGAGAGAACCCCCUCCCUACGGCUACAGGAAGAGUUGGGUGCCACGCUCUCUGGAGGACUUUGGAGAUGGCGGUGCCUUCCCUGAGAUCCACGUGGCCCAGUUCCCUCUGGAGAUGGGCAGGAAGAAAAAGACAUCCAAUGCCCUGGCAGUUCAGGUGGAUGCUGAGGGCAAGAUCAAAUACGAUGCCAUCGCCAGACAGGGACAGGGCAAGGACAAGGUGAUCUUCAGUAAGUACACAGACCUGCUUCCUAAGGAAGUGCUGAACGAUGAUGCUCCUGAGCUGCAGAAGCCCGACGAGGAGGCUGUCAAAGAGCUGACAGAGAAGACCCGUGAUGCUCUGAUGAAGCAGGUCUCACAGAAGAUUGCUGCAGCCAUGCCUGUGAGGGCAGCAGACAAACAGGCCCCUGCACAGUACAUCAGGUACACUCCUUCCCAGCAGGGUGUGGCCUUCAACUCCGGGGCCAAACAGAGGGUCAUCCGUAUGGUGGAGAUGCAGAAGGACCCCAUGGAGCCCCCACGCUUCAAGAUCAACAAGAAGAUUCCUCGUGGUCCUCCCUCCCCUCCUGCACCAGUCAUGCACUCUCCCAGCAGAAAGAUGACUGUCAAGGAGCAACAGGAGUGGAAGAUUCCCCCCUGUAUUUCAAACUGGAAGAACGCAAAGGGUUACACCAUCCCACUGGACAAGCGUCUGGCUGCGGACGGUAGAGGACUGCAGACCGUUCACAUCAACGAGAACUUUGCCAAACUGGCCGAGGCGCUCUACAUUGCUGACCGAAAGGCCAGAGAGGCUGUGGAGAUGAGAGCCCAGGUGGAGAAGAAGAUGGCCCAGAAAGAGAAGGAGAAGAAGGAGGAGAAGCUCCGAGAGCUGGCUCAGAUGGCCCGAGACCGCAGGGCAGGGAUCAAAGGUCACGGAGGGGACAAAGGUGGAGAGGACGGUGAGGCCAGAGAGCGUGACGAGAUCCGUCAUGACAGGAGGAAAGAGAGACAGCACGACAGGAACAUCUCCAGGGCUGCCCCUGAUAAGAGGUCGAAGCUGCAGAGAGACCAGGACAGAGAUGUCAGUGAGCUGAUCGCUCUGGGCCAGCCCAACCCUAGAGCCUCCAACGAGGCUCAGUAUGACCAGAGACUGUUUAACCAGAGCAAGGGUAUGGACAGUGGUUUUGCAGGUGGGGAGGAUGAGAUGUACAACGUGUACGACCAGCCGUUCAGGAGAGGCAGCGAUAUGGCCCAGAACAUCUACAGGCCCACCAAGAGCUCUGACAAGGACAUGUAUGGGGAUGACCUGGACACACUCAUGCAGAGCAGCAAGUUUGUUCCGGACCGUGAGUUCUCUGGUACGGACCACGGUCCUCGUCGUGACGGCCCUGUCCAGUUUGAGGAGGAUCCGUUCGGUCUGGACAAGUUUUUAGAGGAGGCGAAGCAACACGGCGGCUCCAAGAGACCCUCCACCAGUAGAGGCUCCAAGGACUACGACCACGACAAGAAACGCAGAAAGGAGUGAGAGGACGGAGCAAGAGACCCAGUCUGGCGGGAUGGGAGGGUAGCGUUCAGUAGGCACAAAAAUGGCUGCGACUGUUUUUGAAACAAGUUUCCACCUGGGACGACAAGUCUGAUAGUGGGGUAGCGUUCAUUUGGCACAAAAUCUCCAAAAACAUUUGAAAAGUAGGAGUUGCCAUUUUAGCGUUGUUUUAGUUAAUUUUCCUUUGUUUUAAACUUUGACACAGUGUUCUGCUUUUGUGCCCACUGAAUACGACCCAGGGUUUUUUUUGGGGGGGGGGGGGUCAGGGCCUUGGCUGGACAGUACAGACAUCCGUUUGUCUCGUCUGUUGUUUGGCUGAAACCCCAAGGAACUAGCAGGGAUUGUUCUUCACAUCUAUGUUGAUGAUGACCUUUUUUUUUCUAUUUUCUUUACACCAUCCCUUAAUCUUUACAUGGAACAGAGUCUCGCCUGUAACAUGUUUUUAAAGUAAAGCCCCCUAGUUGUAUUAAGCAAUGUUUAUUAUGACUUGUUUUGUUAAAUUAUCUUUGAUCUAGCAGCAUUCCUGUGAUUUGAGUUUGAAUUCCGAUCUUAAGUGAUCUAGUCUAUUGUAUCUUGAUAAUAAUGACACAAACUCUGUUACGUCUGGGAUAGUGUAACCCUACUCUUCACACUGAAUACACUUCAACUAGUGGAUGGAACGUGUCUCGUCUUUUUUUUGUUUUAGGUUUGUGCUAAUAAACAUAAAACCAGUGUGAUUCUA